AUGGAACGCUGGCAAGGUAAAGUAGCAAUUGUAACUGGAGCAUCUGCUGGCAUUGGGUUAGCUAUUGCCAAGGCUUUAUUGAAAAAUGGCAUGAUUGUCAUAGGUCUUUCUAGAAGACUCACAAAAAUGCGGGAAGAGAUGUCAGGAGUGUAUGGAUAUGAUAAAUUUUAUGCUCGAUCGUGCAACGUUACAGACGAAAAUGAAGUUAAUGAAAAUUUUAAAUGGAUUGGACAAAACUUCAAAACUGUUCAUAUUCUUGUGAAUAAUGCUGGAUUAUUCAAAACGGGAACCAUUGAAGGUAUUUCUACCGACGACCUGCAAGUAAUUAUGAAUACAAACGUAAUGGGAGUUUUGUAUUGCACUCGUGCUGCUAUGAAACUAAUGAGAAAAAAUGAUAAUGAAGGUCAUAUAGUUAAUAUUAACAGUAAUGCUGGACGCAAAGUUCCAGCUCUUAACAUCCCAAUGAACAUUUACGCUGCAACUAAACACGCUGUGACUGCGUUACAGGAAUCAUUGGUAAAAGAAAUUAAUGGAGAUAAAAUCAGAGUUACGAAUAUAAGUCCUGGUUUAGUCAAUACUGAUAUUUUCGAAGUAGCGAAUUUAGGCGCUAAUUGGGCGAAAAAUUCAUCUUUCAAGAUAUUAGAUCCAGAAGAUGUUGCAGCUUCGGUAAUUCAUGCUAUAUCAGCUCCACUGCACGUUCAAAUAUGGGAAAUUAUUUUAAAACCCUUGGGCCAAUUGCAUUGAAGUUAGUUAGAUACUAGCUAUAUUUUCAGCGCGUUACGCGCACCUUUUAUUUGUCUUUUUCCAGUUUUCCAUUUUUUAUAUAUAAAAUAAAUAAAAGAUGAUCAUAAAAUGAAUUGCAUUAAUAUGU